AUGCAAAAGGUACUACUCCUCCUCUCCGUUCUCGUCGCCGUUACCGUCGCGUGCAAGUGCAAGGAUCAGUCGACGAAGGAAUCAUUCUGUAAUGCGCAUUGGGUGUCCCAUGUCAAGGUGAAGAUUCGUGUUGGCAAGCAGGGUCUUCCGGAGGGCUCGGAGAGAAAAGGACUCAACAACUUGAGAUACACAGUUGAGCACGUUGAGGUCUUCAAGGUAACGACUCUUUUUUUUCUAAAUUCCAACUCUUUUUUCGCUUCCAGAAGCCUGCCAACCUGACCGUUCUCCCCAAUGAGAUCUUCACUCCGUCCGAGUCUCCGGCUUGCGGUCUUGUGAUCGGAGCCGGUCGCGAAUAUCUUCUUGCGGGACGCGUCGAGGGAAAUUCUGCCCUGUACACAGUUCUUUGUGGUCAAGUGCUACCAGAUGACAAAUCGAAGAGUUCGUUCGAGAAUGUGCUCGAAUGGAAGAAUGUAAGAAAUAACCAUGACUGAUACUGUCGAAAAUGGAAACGUUUUGCAGGUUCCGCAGACGCUCCAAACUCAAAUCAAAGCUAUCAAGUGCUGA